GCUGUCAGCGGUUAGCUUGCCGCAGCUCUCGGGCCUGCUGUGUUUUCAACGGAGGGAGAGCUGUGAAGUAAAAAAUGGCGUCUGCAGGCGACCCAGAGCGGGACACCGGCCAUUCAGUUUGAGCUUUCCGCCCUGAAAUUGAGGCCGGGGCUCGGGGUGGAGACUCAUCGGUAACCGUCGGCUUCUUUCUCCCCCCGCUUUUUCCUCUCCGGUGUGCGUAGCUUUCUUCCAGCCCCGAGAUUGAAGCGGAACAGACGAGACUCUCUCCCACAAUGAGGGGGAGAAGAGGAAGGCCGCCCAAACAAGCAUCCGCCGCCGCGAUGCGGGAAGCUUCACCCGGGCCAGUCCGCGGCUCUCCUCGGGGCGGCAGCCGAAGCAGAGGGAUGCGAGGACGGGGGAGAGGCAGAGGAGGACGCGGUAGAGGACGGGGUGGCGGCUGUUUUUGUGGCUCCGUGGAAGUAGAUAUUACAGACCGGGAGAACUUUCAUUCGACCCGGGGCCGCAGGAAAGUUGGAGCCUCAACCACCACAAGCACCACUACAACGGCGGCGUUAUCGCGGGGCAGAGGCGGCAGAGCGAGAGGCAGAGGGUCGAGAGGCGGCCGCGGCGCUAGAGGCGGCGGAGGCGGCGGCGGCGGCGCUGGAGGUGGAGGUAGGCGGCCUCAAACCAAGGUGGUCUACGACGACAACAGCGACGAGGAGGAUGAUAAUUUAAGCUACAGGUCAGACGACGAUGAACUCCUCAACGACAACCCUUCGUCGGAUCUUGAAGAAGAAGAGGAGGAGGCCUUGGGAAACGACUCUGACUACCUGGAGGAGCUACCAGAGGAUGAUGAUGCCAGCUACUGCACCGAGAGUAGCUUCAAGAGCCACAGCACGCUCGGUAGCACACCAGGCCGGAGAAGGAGUCGGGCAUUGCGACCGCAGUCUCCCAUCCUUGAGGCAAAGGACAUUCCUUCCCUGGAGCUUCCCAAGUCCUCCGAGGACCUCCAGGUUCCUACCUCACAGCUCCUCAACGUGUCUGCCGUCUACGAAGUCCUCCGCAACUUUGGCUCGGUGCUGCGGCUCUCGCCGUUCCGCUUUGAGGAUUUCUGUGCGGCGGUGGCCAGCCAGGAGCAGUGCACGCUGCUGGCAGAGACCCACAUCUCCCUGCUCAAAGCUAUUCUCAGAGAGGAAGACACUUCCAACACCACAUUUGGUCCCACAGACGUGAAGGACUCUGUCAACUCCACUCUGUAUUUCGUUGAUGGUAUGACCUGGCCGGAGGUUGUGCGGGCGUACUGCGAGAGCGACCCGGAGUACCGGCACAUUCUGCCUUGCCAGGAGUGCGAGGAUUACCCGUAUGAACCGUUGGAGAGUAAAAUCAAAGUUCUCCAGUUUUUGGUGGACCAGUUCUUGGCGACCAACAUUGCCCGGGAGGAGCUAUUGUCGGAAGGUGUGGUUGCCUACGACGACCACUGCAGAGUUUGCCAUCGCCUUGGUGACCUGCUGUGCUGCGAGACAUGUUCAGCCGUUUACCAUCUGGAGUGUGUGAAGCCGCCGUUGCAGGAAGUGCCGGAGGACGAGUGGCAGUGCGAGGUGUGUGUGGCACACAAGGUACCCGGUGUGGCGGACUGCAUCCCAGAAGUGCAGAGGAGCAAACCGUUCAUUCGACAACUGCCAGUCGGCUAUGACCGACACAACCGAAAAUACUGGUUCCUUAACCGCCGCAUUGUCGUUGAGGAGGAUGGUGAGCAGGAGGACAAAGCCAUCUGGUACUACAGCACCAAGGUCCAGCUAGCUGAGCUCAUAGAUUGUUUGGAUAAGGAGUACUGGGAGGCCGACCUGAAUGCGGCGCUGGAGGAGAUCAGGGACGAGGCGCACGCGCAUAUGGACAUCACCGAGGACCUAACCAACAAGGCCCGUGGCAGCAACAAGUGUUUCCUCACUGCCGCUAACGAGGAGAUCCUGGAGCGGUUGCGGGCGAAGAAAGAGGAGGAGCUGGAGGAGGUGAAGAGGCGGGCUGCUGAGGAGGCCCAGAAAGCGCGGCUGGAGUGGGAGAAGAAGGAUGUGGAUGUGGAAAAGGAAGAUGAAGAGGCCAAGCCGAGGGACGAGGGGCAACAGGAGGGCAAGGUCAAAGAUCUGACGGGGAAGGAGGCGACAAAAGAAGAGGCCACGGAAGAGAAAAAGGAUGAUGGAGUUGUUGAAGCUCCACCCGCUGGCCAAGAAGGCAGUAGUGGCAGUAGCAUCUCAGACGGAGCUAUACUUCCAGCAACCUCUGCAACCCCAACACAAACCAUCCCCACCGCCGCGAGCUAUAGCCCGGCCUCGCAGGCCUCCAUCGUAAAGGCUCUGACAGAGCGAUGUUCCCAUAUGGAGGUCUCUAACAACACCGAAGCAGGAAACCCAUCCUCAGAUUCUGUCCCCGCCAGUGGAGAUGGCCUCCCCAACCUGAACCAGCCCUCCCAGACCAGCGAGGAGAACAGUAACAGCAGCAUGGGAGCUGGGGUCCCUCCCAGAGGUCCUGAACCUCCAGACCUGGCUGACAAGUCCUCCCAGUCAUCACUGGCCAGCCUCGAUGAAACAGGGGACUGUAAAGACUCAGCCAACGGUGAGACGGUCUCUAAGAGGUCUGCCGCCACACGCAUGGUGACCCGGCUGAGGAACCCGGACAGCAAGCUCAGCCAGAUGAAGAGCCAGCAGGUGGCCGCUGCUGUUCACGAAGCCAACAAGGGCUUCAAGGAGGGCAAAGAGGUACUAGUAGUAAAUGCGCAAGGUGACGUCACCCGCGUCAGCACGCGAGGCAAGGAGGUGGUGAUGAAGGGGACGCUCAGCCAAUACUUCAAGCUUGGCCAGGAGGGAAAAUACCGCGUCUAUCACAACCAGUACAGCUCCAAUGCUGUGUCCCUCAACAAGCACCAGCACCGAGAGGACCACGACAAGAGGCGGCAUCUCUCCCACAAGUUCUGCAUGACACCAGCAGGAGAGUUCAAGUGGAAUGGGUCUAUUCAUGGCUCUAAGCUUCUGACCAUCUCCACGCUGAGAAUCACCAUCAUCCAGCUGGAGAACAACGUUCCAGCACCGUUCAUGCACCCUAACUGGGCCUCACACAGGACCAACUGGAUCAAAGCAGUUCAGAUGUGCAGUAAAGCCAGAGAGUUUGCGCUGGCUCUGGCCAUCCUGGAGUGUGCCAUCAAACCUGUGGCUAUGCUGCCUGUCUGGAAGGACUCACUGGGCCAUACCAGGUUGAACCGCAUGACAUCUAUUGAGCGUGAGGAGAAAGAGAAAGUGAAGAAGAGGGAGAAGAAGCUGGAGGAUGAGGAGACAAUGCAACAGGCCACCUGGGUCAAGUACACCUUUCCGAUCAAACACCAGGUGUGGAAGCAGAAAGGAGAGGAGUAUCGCGUUACGGGCUACGGGGGCUGGAGUUGGAUCAGUAAGACUUACGUGCAGCGGUUUGUCCCCAGGCUUCCCGGCAACACCAACGCCAACUACCGCAAAGAACUGGAAGAUGCUAAACUUGGCAAGAAAUGCACCCUGUUGGACUUGAGUCGACGUCCCAGCAUCGCUGCACCAGAAGCUCAGGGAGCUGCCGUCUUAAGCUGCGAGGAAAAAGAUAAAGACUCCUCCAUUCUCUCCAAGCCCGCGGCAGAUCAUCCGAUGUCUGUUGACGAUUCGAAAUCUAAUGAGAGGAUGGAAGAGGAAAAGAAAGAAGUGGAGGAUGAAAAGGAAAAGUCUGAGAAAUUGUCAGCGGAUGAAUCGCCUGUGAAGAUGGAGGUGGACCCCACUGACUCGCGAUCGGAUGAAGAGCAAAGGUCCAGUAUUCAGGAGGAAAAGGCCUCCAUGAAGGAGGAGCCUACGGAGAGCCCUACGCAACCCUUUAACUACGAUGUAGUGGACGUCAGCAAGGGCUUCCUCACCCGCAUCGCCUACAAGAAGAGGGUCAAGUCCUCCAAGCUGGACAUCCUGCUGGAGCGACGAGUGAAGCAGCACGUUAUUGAAGAGAAGCAGAGGCAGCAGGUGUCCGCCACCAACCCUCAGGCUCCUACACCAGGUUCAUUAACUUCAAACCCCGCUCUGGGCACUCCAGUCCGGCCGCGGAUACCGCUCAAGCCCCACGCUCUCGCUCAGACACAGCUUGCACUGGGCAAAGCUGUGAAAGUGGAGGAGAAUUCUUCCACAACACAAACUCCAGGGCCAGGAAAAGUUGGAGGAGGAGAGGUUGGAGGGGAGAGUCAGGCGGCUGAACUCUCAAAAACUGCAGAUGAGACUCCUCCUCUUCCCUCUCCUGCUCCAGACUCCACGCCCAAAGACAGUUGCAGUACAGGUACACAAAACCAAACCACCUCCGUACCCCAGGUAUUGGAGGCAGAUUUAGUGGAAAGGACUAUGGGGCCAAAAGAAACUAAUACAGACAGUUCAGGGCAAGAGGGCGUCACGCUGCCUGAUGUACCUGAAACAACAGCAGGGGGAAUUCACAGCUCUUUAGAGCGACAAACAGCCAGUGUACCAUCAGAUGUUACCAAGGCUGCGCAUAUUGAAAAUACAGGGUCUGAGGUACCCAACUUGAAAUUGGACUCUCUAAGGACAUCUACAGGUGUUCUUGACCAAAUAAGCAGUCAGAACACAUCUCCUUCUAAAGGUAUUCAGCAAAACCCAGAAACUUUAAGCUCGGCGCAUUCGGGUACGGAGGAAAACGGCAUGGGGCCGAAGGAGAACCAAGAAAGUAUAAAAGGUAGAACUGAAAGUGACACCACUCCCGAGCCAGUUUCUCCUCUCCCUCAGGUAAAUGGUAACGAUGGCUCGGGGAGUGAAAGCACGCUGAGUAACUCUGUAAUGAGCUCAAAUAAUGGCGUGCUGACCAACAGUCCACAGACCAAGGUGAACAGCAUUGGUAAGGUUGAAGAACAAGGGCUGGUUGUCUCGUUGAAGGACGGCACGCAGCAAAAGCCUUUAGUGAACGGAGAUGUGGCGCCUGUCAAUGAUUGUACGGAGGUCGGGGGCAAGGAACCAAGCCUGGCCUCUAAGGUGGAGGUAGAGAGCAAGGUAGUGAUAUCGGACCAGGAUUACAAACCUCCACCGAAGAUAACGAGACUGGAGAACAACAUAGAUGCACUUGGAGCUAACACGCUGCAGCACAGCAGCACGUCGCCGUUUCAGUCCGUGCAGACCAAACCCAGUUCUGCGGUCAAGAUCAUCAGGAUGGCGCCGUCUCCUAUACCUUCAGCGGAAGAGUCCAGUCUGAGCGACGGCUUUGCAGAGGAAAACAGUAACAGCGGGACGAUGGAACCGCUCAAGAGCAUCGUCACCCAGGUAACCACAACCUCCACGACCACCACGACGGUAGUUUCCACGGAGACGAGGAUAGCCAAGGUGCCGUCAAACCCACCCGGAGUGGUGACGACGCCUCGAGCAACAGAAAACAGCGCGGUGUCCACCCUUACUACCAUGACCAAAACAACUGUGACCAAAAUCUGUUCCCCCGGGCACGACGGUCAGUCAGAGGACAGCCAGAGUGAAAUAGUGACACGAGAACAGAAGACGGCGCUCUCGGCCUCUGUCAGUAAGUCAACGACGGACACCAGUGGUAAAACCUCAGUGUCAUCUGUCGCCGUGAGCCUAGAGGACUCAUCGUUGACAAACGGCCGCGUCCGCCUCCUCAAGUUCUCCCGCACCAAGAAGACGCGCUCGGACACCGCCCUUCCUUCUUACCGCAAGUUUGUCACCAAGAGCAGCCGCAGGAGUAUUUUUGUUCUGCCGCAUGACGACUUGAAGGUGCUGGCGAGGCGAGGUGGAUUCCGUGAGGUGUCCAUAUUUAGCUACAACGCCAAGCCGGCGCUGGAUAUCUGGCCGUACCCUUCACCCAGGCCCACGUUUGGCAUCACCUGGAGGUAUCGCUUGCAGACGGUGAAGUCUUUGGCUGGUGUGAGUCUGAUGCUGAGGCUCCUGUGGGCCGCCCUGAGAUGGGACGACAUGGCCGUCAAACCAUCCGCCGCUGUCGGCACCACGCGGACAGCCCUAUCCCCACUCAUUGCUACAGAGACAUCAGACACGGAAAUCACCACCACCGAGAUCAUCAAGCGCCGUGACGUGGGACCCUACGGCAUUCGCUCGGAGUACUGCAUCCGCAAAAUCAUCUGCCCGCUCGGAGUGCCUGAGACUCCGAAAGAAACCCACACCCCUCAGAGGAAGGGGCUGCGCUCCAGUGCCUUGCGCCCCAAGAAGCCUGAGCCCGCCAAGCAGACGGGCCCGGUGGUGAUCGAGUCCUGGGUGGCUGAGGAGGAGCUGGACCUCUGGGAGAUCCGAGCCUUCUCAGAAAGGGUGGAGAAAGAGAAAGCUCAGGCAGCAGAGCAGGCCAAGAAACGUCUGGAGCAGAAACCAGGCUCAGUCACAGCUACCGCAGCCGGGACUCCCGCAACACCCGUCGCCACGCCCAAAGUCAUCGUCGGCACGCUGUCGGGCCAGGGCACCACCACCACCAAGGUGGUGCUGUCCACCAAGAUGGGCACCCCCGUCACAUUCCAGCAGAACAAAAACUUCCAGCAGUCGUUCGCCACCUGGGUCAAGCAGGGUCAAAGCACACAAGGCACGGAGACCACAGUGGCCACGUCCGGUGGGCACACCUUCCAGAUUACGGGAACCUCGGUGGGCGGAAAGGUAGUGACCACGAAGCUGCCGCUGCCCGCCAACAGCAAGAUCGUCACAGUCAACGUGCCAACUUCACAAGGAGGUGUGGUUCAGCAGAAAGUGUUGGGUAUCAUCCCCUCCAGCACAGCAGGCGGUGCCCAGACCUACACCACAUUCCAGCCCCGCACCACCACGCUCAACAUCAGGCCCAAUACCCCAGGCUCCCAGCAGCAGGUUCUGGCAGCUGGUGGUCAGAUCCGUCCAGGAAUGACAGUGAUCCGAACACCGAUCCAGCAGACGGGAGCAAUGGGAAAGACGAUACUGCGCACACCCCUCGUGGUCCAGCAAGGUCAGGGUGGACAGCAAGUAGUGACACAGAUCAUUCGUGGCCAGGCAGUUUCCACAGCAAUAUCUGGUGCUAGCCCCGUCGCCACGGUCACCGGCCAGGGGGCGGCCGGCGUCGCAGCAGGCCAAACAACACCCAGCACCCCACGGCCGCAAGGGCAGGGCCAGGUUAAACUCACCCUGGCGCAGCUCACCCAACUCACACAGAAGCAGCAGGCUGCGUCAGGUGUGGAUCGGCAGGCUGGUGUCGGUGGUACCCAACAGGCUCUGACGGUGAUGGUUCAGGGCCAGGGCCAGACCACCGGUCAGCUGCAGGUCAUACCUCACGGGGUCACCGUCAUCCCAGGACCCGGUCAGCAGCUCAUGCAGGCAGCGCUGCCCAACGGCCAGGUGCAGCGCUUCCUCUUCACCCCCAUAGCUUCAGCUGCCACACCCACGUCAAGCACAGCCACCACUGUUGCCGGCCAGCCCGGCUCCACCUCCACCAAAACCCCAGCCCAGCCCGCACAGCAGGCUGCCGCCCCCGUCCAGGCAGGGGCGACCCCCUUGGCCACCACCAGCACCCCUUCGUCGGCCACCCCACAGGGCCAGUUACCCCCUCAGACGCACGCUCACAUGCCCAUCCAGUCGCCCACCUCGCUGCAUGUGAAAACGCAGGGAGGAACCACCCAGCUGCAGCUGCAGCAGACGCCACAGCUCAUCAGCAUGUCUGGACUGCAACAGCAGGUACAGGUGUUGGCGCAGCUGCAGGCCCAGCAGGGUGGAGGCUCUCUGCCACAGCACAUCAAACUGCAGCUUCCUAUCCAGAUACAACAGACUGGGACCACCUCAGCUCAGGGAGGACAGAUUGGGAACGUAGUGACCAUCCAGGCAGCUUCUGUCCAGGAGCAGCUGCAGAGGAUCCAGCAGCUCAGAGAGCAGCAACAGCAGAAGAAGAGACAAGCCGCAGAGGCCAAGAGAGAGCAAGCCCUCAACGCAGCCAGCCAGAGCGACAUCAUUCAGAAACAGGUGGUGAUGAAACAAAAUGCUGUGAUCGAGCACCUGAAGCAGAAGAAGACCUUGACGCCUGCAGAGAGAGAAGAGAAUCAGAGGAUGAUCGUAUGCAACCAGGUGAUGAAGUUCAUCCUGGACCGGAUAGACAAGGAUGAGAGGCAGGCGGCCAAGAGGAAGAAGAAGGAGGAGGUGAUGGAGGCAAAGAGGAGGUUGGCCAACGCCAGCAAGCUCUCCUCGCUCCUUUACCGGCACAAAGAGAGCCUCAAGAUGGAGAUCCUGAAGAAGCGGGCGAUUCUCGACAAGGAGCUGCAGCUAGAGGCCCAGGAGGAGCUAAAGAGGGACCUGUUGCGGAUGCGGAGGGAGAAGGAGAAGGAGAAGGCUGCAGCCCAGCAGGCUGCUGCUGCCGCCGCAGCCGCUGCCGCCGCCGCACACAACCAGCAGCAACAUACUAUGACACACACGCACGGCAUCGCCUCUCAACACCACCUCGCCACGAGCGUCACGUCGUCACACAAGAGGAAACGGGAGGAGGAGAGGGAGACCGCGACGUCGGCCAAAUCCAAGAAGAAGAAGAUGAUCUCGACGACGAGCACCAAGGAGAGCAAAAAAGACACCAAGCUCUACUGCAUCUGCAAGACGCCCUACGACGAGACCAAGUUCUACAUCGGCUGCGACCUGUGUACCAACUGGUAUCACGGCGAGUGUGUGGGCAUCACGGAGAAGGAGGCCAAGAAGAUGGACGACUACAUCUGCGUGGAGUGUAAACGGGGCCAGGAGAGCACGGAGGAGCUGUACUGCAUCUGUAAGACGCCAUACGACGAGUCCCAGUUCUACAUCGGCUGUGACCGGUGUCAGAACUGGUACCACGGUCGCUGUGUGGGCAUCCUGCAGAGCGAGGCGAACCACAUCGACGAAUACGUGUGUCCACAAUGUCAGUCGACAGAGGACGCCAUGACGGUCUUCACACCGCUUACUGACAAGGACUACGAGGGCCUGCGGCGAAUUCUGCGUUCCUUACAGGCGCAUAAAAUGGCGUGGCCAUUCCUGGAGCCAGUGGACCCAAACGACGCCCCGGACUACUACAGGGUUAUCAAGGAACCAAUGGACCUUUCCACCAUGGAGGAGAGGAUACAGAAGCGCGAGUACAUCAAGCUGACAGAGUUUGUAGCGGACAUGACCAAAAUCUUCGACAACUGCCGCUACUACAACCCCAGCGACUCGCCCUUCUACCAGUGUGCCGAGGUUCUGGAGACCUUCUUCGUCCAGAAACUCAAAGGGUUCAAAGCCAGCAGAUUGUGAUGUCAAACUCCUGGGUGCCGGGGUCACUCUUAAAACAAACAAAUUGCUGUUUUUACUUGUUUAAAACAGCGUUAAAAACUUUGUAAGAAAGUGCAUAUAUUAAGCCACACUGUAGGUGUGAUCCUUUUUUUAUUUUAGAAGCAAAGGACAGAAAUAAAACACGGUUUCUACUGUCUAAUAAUGGCAGCCAUGUUGGUAACACAAAGCAUUCAAGGGAAAAUGUAUUUUCUUACACUUCUUGCAACAGAUGACUGAUAUUUUGUUUAUGUUUGAGUUGGAUAUAAAAGACAAAAACAUGAAGUUUGUUAUUCUCUUUUCUUGAGAUUCAGUUUAUAAAAAACAAAAAGCUAAGGAUUUUGAUUGUAAAAUCUGACUUCACACACACACGCGGAUAACUUAUCUUUUAAUUUGACAGAACUGUUGUAUAUCAUAUUGGUCAUUACAUGCUGCAGCAGAACAUUUUUACCUCAUUUCUUAGCCAAGAAUCUUUUUAAAAAAGCAUGCAACAUUUAUUAGUUUCUUUUUAUUGGCUGUACCCAUGUAUAGUGUUAUUUUAUGUGCAUAUUAUAUCUUUUUGUGAAGGACUAUUUUUAUGUUCUAAAGGAAAUAAUGGUAGGAUCUGUAAAGAUAAAUUGGAGAAAAAAUGUAGUUUAGCUUUCCUGUUCUAAAUAUGGAAGCUCGACAGUCUCCAGUUUAAAAAAAUAAAAAAGCCCUUGUACAUACUGUUGGGCCGAUCAUACACUUCGAUAACAUUUCACCAACAUGGCUGCUCUGUCUUCGUCAAAGUGUCUGACCCACUGGCAUCCAAUUCAUGUUUUUUUUUUUUUUUUUUUGUAUUUCCCCCUAGUGCAUAUUUUUGUCAUAUUGUAAAGCUUUUAAUAAAAAAGGAAACACCAA